AUGGCAGGGGCCGAGUAUGAAUACUGCCCAUUCAUGUUUUGGUACCCGCCUGCGGUGUGCUACUACAAGCAUUGGGGGCCCAAGGACGAGGACGGCACUAAUGGUGACGCUUCAGCAGAAGCCAAAGACAUUGCAGACAAUGUCGCCGGCAGCAGUAAUAGCAUAGCUCCAACAGCGGCAACGGCUUCAGCAGAGCCAAUGGCCUCGCCGCUGCUCUCCCUGCCGCCAGAAGUCAGGCUGAGGAUCUACUACUGGGCCUAUUUGAUGAGUCCCAUCCAGCCCAAGGAGCUGGCGGCGGGGUAUCCCAUCCCCAUGCUGUGCCGCUACAUCUUGCAUCCGCUGGAUCCCAAUCUCGAGAGGCAGGUCGAGCAGGAGAUUGAGAACGAGAGGGUGAUUGUGGAUCUCGCAACGGGCAAAGACGACGCGGACGAUACUGGCGCUCGUGAAGAAGAGGAACAGACGCCGGCGGUGCGGGAGCAGAAUGAGCUGCAGAGGGCGAUUGCCGCGGAGAGAUUGACAAAGGAGAGGAUCAAGGACAAGAUGAGAGAAUUGAACAAGCGGAUGAAGGGCCUGCUCAGCUCGGACAGGCCUCUCGCGGGCAUGCCGACGGGUCUGCUGUGCUCCUGUCGCCAGAUAUACUUUGAAUCGCGAACCAUGCCCUUUGAGAACAACGAGUUUGUCUUCCUCAACUGGUUCUCGUCGGGCCUCAACGCCGCGUCGGCAGUCACAAAGUCGCAGCGGUCGUGGCAGCGUCUAUCGAUGCGAUACGUGCGGAUGGAAGUCAUGGCCGAAGAUCUCGCGAGGACAGGCGCGUUGAAGAAGUGGGCGAAUUUAUGCGGUGGUCCUGACGAGCGUCUGGCCUCGUGGACUCAUGGUCUUCGAGGUCUGAGACUGAAGAUUGUGGGACAGGUUGGGCGGAAACACACUGAGACUGCGCAGGAGGCGGAGGACAAGUUUAUCGAUGGGCUAGAGGAGGAGGGCGGGGCGAGGAGGUGGGUUGAGGAGGGCAAGUUGGCCGAGAUGAAGAAUCUGGAGAGGCUGGAGAUUGAGAUUAUCAAGAAUGCGUGGGGGACGGCGGAGAAGAUGGCGUGGUGUGUAAAGGUUGAGGAGGCGUUGAGAGAGUUGGGAUCGAGGGCGGAGGUUGUGAGUAUGGCGAGGAUCGUCUAA